GGAGGGUGUCGAGGUUUGAAUAGGGAAGUUUUGCAGAGCGCAGUUGUUCAACAUCCAGUCAUCCAGUCAGCCAGUCCGGUGCAGUGUUUGCAAAACACCUUGAACGCAACGCGAGAGGAAGAAGUAGCGGGGGACUGACGGACGACCGGCUGCCGAGAACAAGCGCUUCUUCUCGGCUUGUGUCGCAGGAGAGGACCGCUCUUAUAUUCCUGGUUGUUUUUUUUCUACCUGACAAACACAUUUAACUUGCAGCUUUACUAGGCUUUUUUAAAAAGAAAGAAAAGCUGUGGAAAAGAUGGAUGUUCUACCAAUGUGCAGCAUCUUUCAAGAACUUCAGAUAGUUCACGACACGGGCUAUUUCUCCGCCUUACCGUCACUGGAGGAGUACUGGCAGCAGACAUGCCUGGAGCUGGAGCGCUACCUACAGAGCGAGCCUUACGUCUCCACAUCCGAACUCAAGUUCGACAGCCAGGAGGACCUCUGGAGCAAGUUGAUGCUGGCCUGCGGCGACAAGGCCAAGUCCGACCCGACGCUGCCCCCGGCAGCCCACGACGAGGACAAUCAGGACAGCCAAAUCUUGGACACCAACAGUGUGAAUUCCGACGCCAGCAGCGAAGCUUCGGACAGUUCCGAGGAGCUCUCGCCAACGCACAGCUUUACCUCCAACCCCCUGGGCUCCGUCUUGGUUGGCUCUGGACCUUUUAGCCCCUCCGUCAUAAGCACUCCCCCGUCCUCUCCGGAGGCCAGCUCGGAGCCCGGCGGUGUCGCCAACGGAUGGGUGGCCGCGCACGCCGAGCUGCACUUGCCGGUCAAAAUCAGGAGCGGCGGGGUGGCGAAGGGCACGGACAAGACGGGACUCACGUCUGGGGACGCGUCUCCGGACGGCAGGAGGCGGGUACACAGGUGUCAAUUCAACGGGUGUCGCAAGGUUUACACGAAGAGCUCCCACCUAAAAGCACACCAGCGCACUCAUACAGGUGAGAAACCUUACAGGUGUUCAUGGGAGGGCUGCGAGUGGCGUUUUGCACGAAGCGACGAGCUGACCAGACACUUCAGGAAGCACACCGGGGCAAAGCCAUUUAAAUGCAGUCACUGUGACAGAUGUUUCUCCAGGUCCGACCAUCUGGCUCUUCACAUGAAGAGGCACGUCUAGAGCAGGGCGAAGCUCCAACCAAGCAACGCAGCGAAGGGGGAAAGUUUUUAAAAGAGAGAGAGAAAGAGAGAGAGAAGAAAAAAAACAAAACGCCGUCUCCCGACCAGUCUCUCGGUUGAACUGUCCCAGAGCAGAGUGGCGGGAGUGUGUUCCAGCCAAAGCAUGCCGUUUUGCACCAUACUGAAACCCAGUGCCUCCGGGACCUCUCUUUGGAGAAAGGCGCUCUGAAGGUUGUCUGUUGCAACGAAAAAGGACAAAAUCAUGGAUGUUAGGGAAAAGAAGAUCAUUUUUGAUUUUGAGAAGGACUUACAACACACACACACACACGAAAAAAGACAAAAAAAAAAAAAAAGAAAGAGUGAAUGAUGUGUAUGUAUGGUGCAUGAUGUUUUGGGGGGACACCUCCCGGACAGCAGAUACACUGGUACUUUACAAAAACUGUCUGAGGUAAGCAUGUGUGCACUGUGAAUGUCUGAGGUUGGCUCACCGGCCCCCUGGGAAGAGACAAGAAGAGUUUGUUUUGGGGAGAAGAGACGGAUUGAUGGAUGGUGCGGGGCUGGUACCAACGUUGCUGUGGACUGAAUGGGUUUCUGGGGGGAAACAUUCCAUUUGUGUUUCCCCGGUGGCAGCGUGAGGACGGGGCAGGAUGGAGGUUCCUGCCUGUCUGUCUGGCACCCAGACUCGAGGGGGGGGUUCUCGAAGCUUUUGAGGCCUUGGGUUUGACUUAGGUCAGCGACCCCAGGGACCAAAACUCCCCCCCUUGGUCACUGUAUGACAGGAGCUUUUUUGGUGUUUUUUGGUGCAGCUACUAAAUGUGCAAUGUGUUAUGUAGCCUGGUUUAUUAUUUUUUUAUUACAAGCUACAAAGCUCAUUUGUAGUCCAAUUGUAUAAGCUGUGUGCUUAGAGGUAUAACACAACUAUACUAUAACUUCAGUAUCAUAGACAGGUGUUGCAUGGUUCUAGGGUUUGUUCAUUUCACGUUUCCACUGUAAUCAGGACUGCAGAUAGUUUCAAUAAAAGUGCAGCUAAAGUGCGGAGGGGUUAAAUGUUACAAUAUUGUACAUAAAGCCUUGAUGAUUUCCCUCUUUUUUUCAAUUUUCAUCCGUUUCAUUCUGGUUUUUCAUCCGGCUGGAGAUCUCACCACUGCUUUACUCAUUCAUCCUAUGCCUUGAGGAGUAAUUUUUUGAUUUUUUGUACUUUCUUUUUCUAUCUAAUAAUGCACUGUUGACCUUAAUGGUGCCUUAUGCAAGUGGCUCGGCCCGGCGGUAGCGGUGGUUUAGCUCCCAGGGGGGGAAGUCACAUUUGUCGUAUGGGUGAUUUGACAAGCUCGAUCAAGGCUCAAUUACACAUGUUUGUGUUUAGUGACAAGUCCGCAUCUAUUCUGUCGGUUAAUUGUUUGUUUUAAAAUGUUCAGAAAAAGCACCUUUUUCACAGUCGUCUUCAGAGUCAGAUCCGAACAUGUAAAUAAGACAAAUGCUGUAUGUUUAGAGCACUUAAAUUCAUUUAUUAAAGACGUUAACUACUGUGUAGUAUGUACUCGAGUCAUCACACACAGCUCUAAGGUACAAAAACAACCAGACUAUAGGUCAACAAAAAUGUGUAGUUCAUACAGUGCUGCUUCUUAUCGCUGCAUCCCUCUUUGCCAACGCCAUCGUCCCCCCCCCCUCCCUCCUGUCCCUCCGUCCCCUGCAAGUGGGACUCAAGAAACAGCUAAAGAUUUAUUGUAAUUAACAGGCUGCAGUCGGACAGGCCUCGCCUUGUACUGCCUCUCAGUAAUGAAUUGCUAAAGGCUUUGUUGGCAUGGAAUCUGUCACAGACUGCUGACUGUGUAGGUUGGUUAUUGACCUGUCUGGGGAGCGUUGUUUUAGCCAAGCUGCAACACUGUUAUGAAAACCACAGGAGGGGAGCGGGGGGGAUGAGAUAAAGAUCAAGCGUUGCACGUGGAAGUUUGACCAAGCCCGUGACAGCAUCUCCCUUUUAAAGGUGUAUCUGUGUUUGAUUGGUAUUGGAGUUGGAGGGGGGACUCGAUCACGAUCCGUGCCACCCACUCCAGAUCAGCGACCUCGCCGUAGGAAUCCAAUGUUGCAGCACGUUGCGCCGCGGCGCGCUACGACUUAUGGAUUUCAGAUCAGCGGGUGAAAGACACGGGAUGAGUACAAACUUGAAAGUGCUUGCUGCGAUAGAUUGGGGGUAGUGCUGGCAGUGCCUUUUGUGGGCAAAGGAGAGGAAAGCAACAUCCAUUCUGUGAAAGCGGCAGCCAAUACUGUUCUAGAGGUAAUUGAGCCUUGAUUAAGCCCCAAUGUUUGCUCGCAUCUUUUUAUCAUCGCCUUCAUCCCACUACCCCAACUUCUUCUGUCACACACACACACACACACACACACACACACACAGCUCUUUGUUCUCAACUGAAUCUUUGUACAAAAAGAAAAAAAAAACUUUUGUAAAAUUGUUAUGUUUAUGCUUUAUGAAAUUUUUAUUUGAAAUUGUUUUGCAAAAUUGUUAUAUUUCUGUAUGAAUGUAUUUUUUAUUGGAAUAAUAAGAAAUUCUUAUCUGAC